AGCUCGGUUCGCACCUAAGUCCUCAAAAGAUCUCAUACUUGUGGAAAUCCAAAGCCUUCAUCAUGUCUAUAACUACCCGACCCUACGUCAACGAGCGCCAUUGGCUGGGAUCAAUGCGGCUGAACUUCCAACACUUCUUUAUGGGACGAAUCGUUGGCCAUCUUCUUCAUCCGAACAUCAAACUCGACAAGUCAGACCUCCACAUUAUCGAUCUUGGCGCAGGUACGGGGAUCUGGGCGCAAGAGCUAGCCACUGAGCUCCCUUCCGCUUCCAUCUACGCAGUCGACAUCUCAGACGAACAAUUCCCUCCCGAGAAAUGGAGGACACCAAACGUAUCUUUCGCCGCCUUUGACUGCUUGAAGCCGUUUCCAGAGGAGUAUUUGGGGCGGUUCGAUGUGGUAAACGUGCGUGCCUGGCUCACUAUCGUGAAUGACGACAAUAAGGAUCCAGUAUUGGAGAAUUUCCUGACUCUCCUAAAGCCCGGCGGAUACAUUCAGUGGUUUGAGCCACUUCCUCUCACCGCACACACAGUGGCUAGGGACAACGGCCAGCCUACACCGGGCUGCGACCGACUGGCCAAGCAAUGGCAUAAGCCUGCAGCGCACAGCUCCUACGAUUGGGUAAUAAACCUAUCUCGUACCUUUACGGAGCACAACCUCGAGGUUAUCGUCGACGAAACGCUAAGCACUCCAGAUCGUUAUCAGCCCAUUGCCACGCAGAGCUGGUUGGCGGGUCUACAAGAGUAUCGGUAUCAAGAGCAAGGUAGUCAGCUUGAGGAGUAUCAGAAACAACUUAUUCAAGAGGCAAAGGCGGGCGCCUUUGUAGAUGUGAAGUAUACGCUGCUGGUUGGUCGUAAAUGCAAUAAACGGAAGGGUUAAAAGCCCUUGUCCACUGAGCGCGCGGCGUUUAAUCGAGGAUGACGGGGGCCUGUAAGCUUACCUCCAAAAAGACGCUCACGUGUAAACAAGGCCUCCAAGGC